GCCGCGGGCGCGGGCGGAAGUGCUUGAUGGCGGGCGGGAGCGGGGCUGUUUGAAAGCGAGAGAUGGCGGCGCGGCUGAAGGAGCCUUCCCGGCUCGGGGCCAGCGCUGCGGCCGUGGCGGCCGAUCCGAAUGCGAAGGACGCCGUGAAGCAACUGUGCGAGAAGAGCCAAGUGAAGCAGCUGGUGAUGGAGUUCAGCACCGCGUGCCCGCAGGAUGAAGAAUGCAACAGGGACGUGGAAGCAGACUUUGCCCAGAGUGCCGAUGAAAAUUUGGAAGAAGUAGAUAAAGUAAAAACUGCCUUUGAAAGCAAAGCACUAGUCUUACAAAGGAUCCAGCUUAUGGACGCUCUGAGGAAGAAAAUGAAACAAAAUGAUGAUAGUGCACGAAAGACCCUGGAAACGGUGAGAGACAUCGUCAAUCUUAACUGGAAAAUACUUCAAGCUCAUCAGGAAACACGUGCGAUUAGGGAGGAAUUGAAUGACAUUAGAAGGAAAAGAUACGCUCUGAAGCAGUCUGCAGUGAAGGCCAUGCAAACUUUUACCACAACGAAGAAUAAAAAGGAAGUAGUGAAAAUGACAGUUACUGACAAGUUGAAGCUUAUCCAUAAGAAUUUACAGCACGAAAAGAAGAUGACUGUGUUACUUCAACACAUACUCCAGAAUCUCAUAUUGGGAUGCCAAAUCAACUGGGCGAAAGAUCCAUCUUUAAAAGCAGUUGUUCUACAGGCCGAGAAAGAUUUCACCAUUCGGAAUCUCUUCUAGCUGGGGAAGAUAGAUGGUGUUUGAUUGUAGAUUGCCCUUACUUGAUACGUUCUAUCCUACUUUUGCUAAAGCAUGAGGUUUUAACCUUUCUGACACUUCUGCACCACACGGUGGUUAGCUGUGGUGAGCACCAGGAAUCAGACGCAGGCAGCUGCUGCUGUGCUUCCACUUGGAAAACAGGACAGAGGUGAGAGGAGCGGCUUCCUGUGUGUGAGCGCUGUGUCCUGGCUCCUUGCACGCUGACGCCUACCUGCCUAACCUGUAUUCUAUCCGCUACACCUGUCUGUGUGCAGUGGCCUAAAUAAAGCACUGUUCUGCCAACCGA